CAGAAGGAGAAACGUCACAACAAAAGCGAAAGUAAAGCGUCUGUGUGUUUUCCGUCUGGUUCAGUUCGCUGUGGUGGCAGAAUAACAACCCCAGCUUUAUCGGUUGGUGAUGAGGAGUUUUGCUAUGGCGAGAUGUUGACGAUUUAACUUUAACGAUUCACUCUGGAUAUCGGAGAUCAGCGUUUAAUUCCCCUCGUCGCGGUGGGCAUAUAGACCACCGUCGCUGCUGGCACUGGUCAGGACUCUUCACCAUCUCCACAACAGCAUUUGCACUAUUUUCACUCGACUACGAACAACCGCUCCACCGCCAGCAGCUCUUAAAACUUCUUAAAGCUGAGGUGAGAAAGGGUUUUGUGGGGCAGAACUGUUUGUCAUGAGCCUACAAGACCAAAUUAGGAAGGAUUUCCUUCUUUCUGACCCGAAAAAAGAUGGUGCGGUGAAAUAUCUGGAGAAGAUUGUCAAAGUUGUUACGAAGCAUAACCAGAAACGGAUUGCGCUAAAAAAGGUGGAAAAAUACAAAUUCAGGAUUGGAUCAUUUAAAGACACAUCAUACAGAAAGGAACCUGAUCUUUUAGAGGAGUGGGAGCAGUUCUAUCUUCCAGAUCACAUGAAAAUGGAGGUGAUCGGGUUUCUAGAGGAGUUCCCGUGUAAUGCAGACAGUGCUCAGCUGGUUCUUAUGGUGUGUGAAGAUGGGAAAGUGUUUGCUUAUGAAGAUGAGCGGCUGCAUCUGGUGGCCAACGAUCUAAAAGAGCUCUUUGAGCAUGGAGUCCAGUUUCCAGGCGCCAAGUACUACUACCGCGGCCAAAGCUUUGAAGAUAUGACAGACGACGACUGGGAUAAGGUGAAACAAUCUGAAGCAGUGAUUGCAAGCACCAAAGAACACCAGGAUAUGGUAAAGCGCAUGAAGACUUCCUACUUGCAAAACUUGGAGAUUAUCAAACAGAGACAGCAAGGAGUGCUGCACCCUGCUGAGAUGGAAAGAGAUCCGUGUGUACCAGUACCUGUUUUGUGAAAGAUCAAGGUGUGGGCCUGACAUGGUCUGAUCCAUGUUUGCUUUAAGAAGUAUUAAUAUUGCAGUCUUCAAAGCAAAAAAGAUGUAAACACACUUCAUUGAAUACAUUUUAUCAACCUAAUCAAGAGGUCUGUUAGCUUAAGCCCUAGCACAGAAUUGUAGAUUGGUUAGAGCGUAUAUGUGCCAUAUGAAACCCUACAACUUGCUGUAAUGUUCAGAGGCUCAUUAAAUCUUUAAAUAGCAAAAUUGUAUGUAUGUCUUGUAUAUCUGUGUAACAGUCUUUAUGGAUACAUGAUGGAUACUCAUAAUGAUAAACUGAUCAUUAAAAGGUAGUAAUUCUAA